CCCAUCACGCCCUCGCCGAGCGCAAUCAUCACGCCUGACGACCAUCCGCUGUAUCAGUUCUUCCGCUUCAGAGACACCGCGCUCACCCACCCGGACCUGCACGACGACAUCGGGCGGCCGUGGGGUGUGCCCGAGCUGCGACGGAAGCGGUACGAGGACCUGCACACGCUGUGGUAUGUCUGUCUGAAGGAGCUCAAUCUGAUCAAGACCGAGAUUAGUGCGCUGAAGGGUGUGCUGGGCAAGUCUACGACAACCUCUGCGCAGGCUAUGCUCAAGGAGCCGAAGCAGUCCGUCGUCACGUCGCUCAAAAACAUCCGCAUCGUGCUGUUGGAGCGGAACGCGGCGUAUGAGAACGCACAGAAGAUCCUGAAGGAGAAGGGC